ACUUUUUCAUUGUUGCAGGAUAACCUAACGCCUGAGCCUUCAGAUAUGAACGACGAUGACAACUUCUCAAGUCAGGCCCUCGCGAAAGAUGCCGAGAAGUUGAAAAUGAUGUUGCUAGCAUGGAAUUACCACAGCCAGGCACAAGGCCGCAACGGCGACAUCUCAGAGACGGGUGGUGAGAGCAUGGCGGAUUUGUGGGCGUCGUACCACAGCGCGCUCGGGCUCGGCAGCAAGCCGCCCAAGCCGCCCACACCACUGACCACUGGUCACUCGAGUCCGAUCCACGUUGGUUCAGCGACUCCUGUAGAGCCAGGGUCUACGCAUGAUGAGACAUCGUCUUCGGAUCGUACGAAGGAUGAUGACGAUGCUGGUGCUUCUGAUGACGACAGUGAUGAUAGAGUCGACCCGCAGCAUCAUGAUCCUGAGCGACUGAAGGCUUUUAAUAUGUUCGUCCGUCUAUUCGUGGACGAGAAUUUAGACAGGAUAGUUCCUAUCUCGAAGCAGCCGAAGGAGAAGAUCCAGGCGAUCAUAGACUCGUGCACUCGACAGUUCCCAGAGUUCGCCGAGCGAGCGCGCAAGCGCAUCAGGACUUACUUGAAGAGCUGCAGGCGGAAUAAGAAGGUCCGCGGUGAUAUACCCACCAGCGGGAAUGGAGGGAGCACUCCAGCAUCAGGCAGCGCCUGGGAUACAGCGGUGCGGCCGACGCCCGCGCACCUGACGUCAGUGCAAGCGGAGCAUAUCCUCGCGCAGGCGUGCGAGAACGAGAGCCUCAACGCGAAGCGCAUGAGGCUGGGGCUGGACCCGGUCAGCCAGCCGAUGCCGACUGUGCCCACUCCGAUGGCGAUAGACACAACAGCGACUUCGGCUGUCGCUUCAUCGUUCCUGAGCCUGUACAGCGGCGCCAUGAGCAGCCCCGCCUCCACCGUGGCCAGCAGCACCACCACAUCGCUCUCAGGGUUGAAGGCGGCUGCAGACACCACGCGGCCCUCCGCUAGCCCCACCAUGGACGCAGCUCUGAACAAUAACUCGCUCAAGAUCGACAAUGCUAACGGGAAUACGGGCAGUAAGACUGCCAGAACUUCGUUCCCGACCACGUUCGGCACACCGCAGACGUUCGGCAGGCAAAAUACUACGACUAACCCGGCGACUGCCUUGUCGAGCAGCGCCCUGCUGUCCACACUGACUGCUCUGCCGCCAACUGGCGUGGGUGUGAACGCGGCGAUGGCUGCGUACCAGAGCGCUCUGCUGUCCGCCAUGGCUGCGCACACGCACACCUUCCCCACCAGCCUCAGUGCCCCAACAGAUUUGUCUUUGAAAACCACGUCGACCCCGACUCCGCUGCACGUGACCACUGCUUCAUCGCUCACCGGAACAACCUCCACCCAGUCCAAGUCCAACCUGCUGUCCCACAAGCUGUCUGGAGCCGAAGUGGGUGCUGUACGACAGCUCAUCACCGGCUACCGCGAGUCUGCUGCCUUCCUGCUGCGAUCCGCCGACGAGCUCGAGGCUCUCCUCCUGAACCAACCCUAGGACACAGCCAAGCCGAUGACGGACAUAUUUGGAUUCAAAUUCGGAUAUUUCUAGAACAUUCGGACCCAAAAUUGUGAAGUGUGGUUUUGGUAUGUUAUGUUUAUGGAUUGCAUUGGAUUGUUUUAUGUUUUGGGAUGGAAAUUGUGAUGUUCCGAAUGAUUUUGGUGAAUUUAUUUGUCCGUUUUCGAUGAAUAUUGCGAAUCAAUUAUCGAAAUUACUUGGACUGACGUUGAAAAUAUGCCAAUUUUUUGACUUUGACAUUUUUUUUUUAUUGAAUAGACAUAGAGUUCAUUUUGCAAUAGCACCGGGUAGUAAUAUGAAUAUUUCAAUACAUCGUAGUUAAUUCAAUUUUUGCCAUAGUCACUGCUUAUACUGUGUAACUCAAGUCAUUAUUUAUUUUAUGUUGGCAACAUUAACAGUCGCAUACGGUGCUCACAAUAUAUUUCUUAAUGUUGCCAACAAAAAACUUGUCCAUGUAUAUUACGAGUAAUUAAAUUUCUAUUAAAGUCUUUUGGCACUGUUGUCAAUACUUGUCAAAAUUAAAUUGACGUGAAUUUCGGCAAUGAUGCCAUGAGUGUUGCCAUUUGAAACUCGUUGGAAGAGUACAAAAUUAUUUUUGUGUAUAUUUUAGGAUGUAAGAGAAAAAAAUCAGGGAGAUUCUAGUUCUAGAUUUUAAAAAUUCUUGCCUGGUGCGACGGUAUAGGUUAGGCAUCGAGCGUUUGAUUUCUUUUCAUGUCUCCACACCGUUGGGGCAGCUGGGUUCAGUUUUAAGGGUCUGGUGUACCCCAUUUCCGACGAGACGUCCCGGAAGGCUCAAAAUUCAACCACGGAGCGGAUUUUACAUUCCUAUUGACCCGACAAUUGCGAGGUCCCGUGGAACCCCAGCUGUGCCAACGAAAUUUUAAAGGUAAUUUUAACAGAGUUUAAUAUAGUUUAACGUGGCAUUCUAGAUAUAAGGGGCACGAAUUUAUUUGUUAAUUUCUGUGUACUGAUAGUGCAGUAGAUGUAUUUAUGUAUUUAAUUUAUAAUUAUUUAUAAAAGUGUUUUCUUGUGAUUCGCUCCAUCCAAAUUAAAUUAAGUUUUCUUUGCUGUAACUUGUUAUAAGUAUUUUGAUGUUCGCAAGCUUAUUCAAUGAACGGUGUUUCUUUUAUACCUUUCACGCAUAUUGAAGUUGGUAUUAAAAUUGUUAUAAAUUUAUGUAUUGAUGUCAUGUCUGUACGGGCUUGGCAACCCUAUUAUGAUAUAACAGCUAAAAUGGAAACGUUAUUCUGACCUUCCAGUCUAGGUUUUCUCAAUUGAGAAUUUAACGUAAACUAAAAAGGUAAUGCGUGAAGGGACGUAUCCAGUUAACAAAUAACAUCGAAUUUGGUUCAGCAAUCUGCCCGCGUCCGUGCACGACGUGCGGUUGUAUAUCUAUUUGUUACCAUAGAUUUAUGGCCAAGUACUGUAAGUAGUAUAAGAGUUACUUGCUUAUGUACAAAUGUUCCACACUGCGUCAAAUUUUUAACAUUUUUCCCACGUUUGGCCUAAUUAUGUUCGAUGGAAGUGGAUCGAGUACGUCAUUGUUAACUUUGUUUAUUCUGGCCAGUGUUAGAUGUUUUCUAUAUUUCUGUAAUAUCUUCUUUUGUUGUUAGAAUUUUAAAUACAUUUACAAUAGAAUAAUUACGGUUACAUAAACGCUUAUUAUGUUGCUAUUAAUUUAAUUGCUCAAUUUGUGAGCGUUGUGGACGCGGCUUUAUAUUUGAAGUAGCCAAUCAGAUGUCGUUGUUGCAAUGACGUUAUGUUAUACACCAAUGAGAUCGCAGUAUUUUCUAAACGUCUCGCCACAAUGAUCACAUGAACGAGUCCGCAAACUGUAUAAUAGUUUUACAACUUUGCCAGUUUUUCUCAAUAGAAUAACAUGCUUGACGCAAAUUUCAAAAUACAUAAAAAAGAAAUUGUAAAUUCACUUUUGAAUACAAAAAUUGCCAAAGAAACGAAUUGAUUUAUAAUUGUGUGUAUGGAAUUGCUUGGUUUAGUAUAUUUUAAGCUUUUAUUGUUUUUAUAAAGUCAUUCCAAUAUUUUUCUAAAAGCGAUACUAUCGGUGCGAAGGGAGGAAACUGUGUAGUCAUUGUAAAAGAUAAAAAAAUAUGUAAAAAGUAUGUUUAGAAUAAUAAAAAAAAAGUUUAGUAUAACUUGGAAGUUAAUGUUGGAAUAACGCGAAUGGUGGUAAAAAAACGUUGAGAAAAAGAAUUUGUUAGACAUUAAAAUAUAUUAUUAUUAGAGAUGUAUAAAUGGUUUACGAUUAUUAUUAUUAGUUCAGAGAAUAACAAAAUGAAGUGAAAAGAAUACAAAAUGACGAUUGUUACUAUUAACGAUAUGAGAAUUUAGUUAUAAUUUUGCAAUUUCAAAAUGUGAGUUUUACAAUUUUGAAAAAAGAAAAUAUUAAAUAUGCUCAUAUACUGA